CCAAGGCGGCUUUGAUUGCAAGACUACAUAUAGAGAGAGAAAAUGAUUGAUAGCAAGGAAAAGCAGUGAACUUUCAGGACUGAAUAUUAUUCUAGAAGACGCCCAUGGAAAUACCUCUCUUUUACAUUAUCCUCGUUUUGGCUCCUUUUCUGGCAUGUGCUUUAGCAGGGCUACCAGGGUUGUCAACCUUAAGUCCUGGAAACUCCUUGGCUGUUGAGAACGAGGAUGACUAUUUGGUUUCACCGAAUGGAACAUUUACCGGUGGGUUUUACAAAGUCGGCACAAACGCCUAUUGCUUUUCCAUCUGGUUCACCAAUUCUGCUGACAAGACGGUGGUUUGGAUGGCGAACAGGGACAGGCCAGUGAACGGGAAGCAAUCCAGGCUAACCCUCCACGACAGUGGCAACCUGGUCUUACUUGAUGCGGAUGGUUCGAUUGUGUGGUCAAGCAACACGGUGUCAAGUGCAGCGGUGGAAGUCCGGCUUCUUGAAACAGGAAACCUGGUUCUAAUCAACCGAGAAAAGAAUGUUGUCAUCUGGGAGAGCUUUGAUUUUCCCACGGAUACACUCCUUGCAUCCCAACGGUUUACCAGGAACACAACAUUGGUUUCCAUGAGAAGUAGAGGUACAUAUCUAUUAGGAUUCUAUAACUUGAAAUUUGAUGAUAAUAACGUAUUGGAUCUCCUCUACAAUGGUCCUCUGCUUUCGAGCGUCUACUGGCCAAAUUCAGUUUCAACCAUAUUCUAUAAUGGUCGAACACCUUACAAUAGUUCAAGAAUAGCAGUUUUAAAUGAAAUUGGUAGUUUCAAAUCAAGUGAUAAUUUUCGAUUCAAUGCAUCUGAUUAUGGGGUUGGCCCGAAAAGGCGUUUAACAUUGGACUAUGAUGGAAUAUUAAGAUUGUAUAGCUUAGAUGAGUCAACUGGAUCAUGGAAACUCUCAUGGAGGCCUGGUGGUUUAGACUCUUGUCUGGUUCAAGGGUUGUGUGGAGUGAAUGGAAUUUGCACCUACAAUCCAUUGCCAACUUGCACAUGCCCCACGGGUUUCAAGAGAAAUAAUCCUUCAGAUUGGUCAAAGGGCUGCUCCCCGUUGUUUAAUCUGACUUGUGAUCCAGCCGAAUUGGACUUUGUGGAGCUGCAUAAAACGGAUUACUAUGGAUUUGAUUUAAACACCUAUCAAGCUGGCAUUGCACUGGAAACAUGCAGGGAAAAGUGCCUAAACGAUUGCAAAUGCAAGGGCUUUGGUUAUGCACUAGAUGGAAAAGGUCAGUGCUUCCCAAAAGGUGCUCUCCGAAAUGGUUACCGUAAUCCAAGUAAUCGUAUGAUUAUGCACAUCAAGGUUCCCAAAGGAAUGGUGAAGUCUAUUGAAGAGACAGAGGCGGUCACAACAAAUGUCUUGGAUUGUUCAACUGGACAACUUGUUCUUGAGAAUAACAGCCCUGACGAUCGCAAAACUAACAAAAACGGGUACAUGAAAUAUCUAAUUGCCUUUGCAGCUUCUGUUGCAGGCAUUGAAAUGAUCUGCAUUGGUUUAGGGUGGUGGUAUGUGUUCCGAAACCAUGCUGAUAAUGAGGAAUCAGUCGAUGCAGGUUACAUUGCACUAGCCUUGGGAUUUAAACGUUUCACUUAUUCGGAGUUGAAAAGGGCAACAAAAAACUUCAAAAAAGAGAUAGGAAAGGGGGGAUUUGGCACAGUCUAUAAAGGGGUUCUAGACGAUGAUAGAGUUGUGGCUGUGAAGAGACUAGAAGGUGUUCUGCAAGGACAUGCACAAUUUUGGGCUGAGGUGAGCGUCAUAGGGAAAAUAAACCACAGGAACUUGGUGAAGCUUUGGGGUUUCUGUGCUGAAAAUGAGCACAAGAUACUGGUUUAUGAAUAUGUGGAGAAUGGAUCAUUGGAUAAAAUCUUGUUCUUUGAUUCACCCAAGGUUUUAGGAUGGGAUCAGAGGUAUAAUAUUGCAGUGGGGACAGCAAAGGGUUUGGCAUAUCUCCACGAGGAGUGCCUGGAGUGGGUACUCCACUGUGAUGUAAAGCCUCAGAACAUACUAAUAGAUAGCCAUUUUGAACCUAAAGUGGCAGAUUUUGGUAUGUCAAUGCUUUUCAAGGACGGUAAUGAUAGGGGAUUUUCUAAGGUCCGGGGUACAAGAGGAUACUUGGCUCCAGAGUGGAUGAUGAACCUGAAAAUCGAUGCAAAGGCAGAUGUGUACAGCUAUGGGAUAGUUCUGUUGGAACUAUUGACCGGAAAGAGUGCAUCUGGUCUUGAAUCAGCUACUUCACUAGAUACAGAAUGCAGCGACUUGGUAGAGUUGACCACUGAAAGCAUAAGAGAAGAAGAGCUUGAGAAAAUAAUUGAUCCUAAACUGAAAGAUAAAUACAACAAGGAGCAGCUCAAAAGAAUGGUGGAAGUUGCUCUGCUGUGUGUUAAAGAUGAUCGCAGCACAAGACCAGCUAUGAGUAAAGUCGUUGAGCUCCUUAUGGAAAUGAUGAGUGAAAACCAGAUGAAGACAUUGAAGAGAUCAACUGAUUAAUCACGUUUGAAAUCCGAACAUUUUUUUUUCUUUUUUGUACAAUGAUUGAAUUCCAACGUCUAAAGGUUUAGACUUAGGAUUUAUACUGCUUUGAAGAAGAAAAUUUGAUCAAUUGCUGUAACUUCAAAUUUUACGAACAUAACCAAUACAUCAGAGAAAGCAUGCCAUAUUUGGUCCAAAA